GGCCUCAGUGGACACCGGAGGGUUUUUCUAUCACCAUGGCUGGGGUCAGGGUUGAGGUGCUGCUAUUGGUUCUGACUGUGACCCCGCUACUGGUUUCAGUCCGGGGCUGGGAGCCGGUCGACAGCGCUGAACUUGAGAAUUUCUAUGAGUCUGGGCAGUGGGCUGCACCACAAACAGUUACUGUUACAGACAACCGCAGCGAGUUUGACGCCAGUGAAGAUAUAAUUCCUGCGUAUGAGUUUCCUGACGCUGAAGGUGCUGCCACCACUGAUGGGUUCGCCUCUUCUGACGAUGGAUUCCAAGUGGUGACAGAAGACUUUGGUUCAGAAAACUGGCCCAGUACAGACGACGGUGGAUACCAGGUGGACUUCGUAGAUGCCCCUCCAAGGAGCUGGACCAGCAGCUCCAGUAAAAGUUCUCCUGAACUGGAUGUGGUUUGCGGAGAAAAUGACUUCCAAAUUACCCUGCCGAAAGGUCCUUUAAAUGAAGUAAAAGUUUUGGGCUCAAAGGAGGUUCUGUCUGUCAUUGAUGCUCCAGCCUUCUGUGGCUAUGAUGUGAACUCUCAUGAGCACACACUGACUGUACCCUUCAGUGGCUGCAAUGUGAAAGUUGAAGCAAACUGUAAAACUAACAGGUACAGCCUGCAGCUGUUGUAUGUCGAUGACUUGGGUGAGACAAAAAUCGCUACCACAUCUUGUGAGGCCAUGACUGGACCCUCCCUGCGCUCUGGUGGCCAACCCACAGCAAAAUGUUCCCCGCCAGUAAUGCCAACAAAGGCACAAAAUUGUGCUGUAGUCACCGGGGAGCGGGUGACCUGUGGUCAGUCAGGAAUGUCUUCCUCAGAAUGUGAGAAGAUGGGAUGCUGUGUUGAUCCUUCAACAAAAGCCUGCUACUAUCCACUGGAUGAGUGCACUGGGGAUCAACACUUUGUGUUCGCCAUUCGCUCCAACACUGCAAACAUCAACGUGGACCCCAAAAAGCUUGUUAUUCCCGGAUUUCCAAACUGCAAACCAGUCAUUGUUAAUGACAAGGUUGCCAUCUUCAAGUUCAAAGUUACAGACUGUGGCGCUCGUUAUUAUAAUGUUGAAAACACAAAACUCUACCUGGCUGAAGUGCAGUCUGUUGUCCAAGCUCUGAACCUAAAGUAUGGCAUAAUUACGAGAAGUAAUCCACUGAGGUUCAUGGUUGAAUGCCGCUACAGCACAUCGGGUGACGCUAAGCAGUCGCUGGCCAGUGUUGGCUACAUGGUCAAGACACCACCUUCCACCUUGCCAACAUCAGUCAUCUCUAGUGGCUUGUAUAGUGUUGAACUGAGAAUGGCUGAAGAUCAGACGUAUUCAAAAUACUUGGCCACUACCUCUCAGCCCUUGCGACUGCUCCUUGGCAAACCGGUGUAUCUUGAGCUGCGCCUGAAGUCUCCAAAACCAGAUGCUGUAAUUCUUGUCAACUACUGCAUCGCUUACCCUCGUUCAGCAAAGAAUGCUCUGGUGCUUGUUUAUGAAGGGUGUGCCAACCCGUAUGACCCAAAUGUGUCGAUCCUUCAAGUGGCUGGCACACCAAAGAAUCGCCACCAGAGGCGCUUUGUGGUCAAGGCCUUCCAGUUUAUGGAUCAAAAGACAAACCAGUAUCUUAAUGAAGAAAUCUAUUUCAUGUGCUCUGCAGAGGUUUGUAGGACAGCAGAAAAAACUUGUGCAGAACGUUGCUUUGAUGGAAAGGCACCAUAAGGACUUGCAGCUGAAGACUUCAGCAGAUGAACUGGAAAAAAUAAAUUUUAUAAUACAGUA